GCCAGGGCCCGUUUGUACAAGCCUUAACGUUUCUUAACUUAACUACCAUGGCAACCAGCAAUGUAGGCAUUACAUUGCCAUGGCUGUUACGUGUACAUGUGAGCCCGGCUACAUUAACUUAAGUCGUAAAGCAUUGUCAGUUUUGUAAGUGACUGGCAUUAAGACUCCAACUUAAUUAUUAAUAAAUGCAUAAAAAUCUUCACAUGCUCACUAUAGCUGAGUCUGUCUAUAUACAGGUACUGGUUUGUAGAGGUAACUCUAUUUAAGCAGGCGGGAGCCUCUGUGGCUAAGGUGGUUGGCAUUCCAGCAUGGCGCAAUGACCCAGGAGCCUCCCACCAAUGCGGUCACUGUGAGUUCAAAUCCAGCUCAUGGUGGCUUACUCUCCGGUCUAUGUGGGAAGGUCUGGCAAUAACCAUGGGUUUCCACUGGGCCCUGUCGGGUUUCUUCCCAACAUGGUACAGGCCGCUGCCUUAUGAGUGAAAUAUUCUUGAGUAUGGUGUAAAACACAAAUCAAAUGAAUAAAUAAAUUAUUUAAGCAGGCUCAAAUCAUCAAACAGUGAAGAUCAUCUGAACACUGGAAGUAUGUGUGAUUCGGAGGAAGAAGAGGAAGAACAAUGGGCUGUUCCCCUGGAAACCAGUAUUUAUAGUAAACCACUGCCCCACCUUACACCUCAAAAAUCCACUGAAAGCUUGGAAGCCAUUGAGACAGUGGAUGAUAACGAUCAGGUGACUUCCUCUAUCGCAGAGCCUCUCUAUGGCCACAGACGAACGAUAGUCCAAAUCGACAUUGACUGUUUUUACGCCCAGGUGGAGAUGAUCAGAAACCCAAAGCUUAAAGACAAACCUCUGGGCAUACAGCAGAAGUACAUUGUCGUAACAUGUAACUACAAGGCUAGAGAGUAUGGAGUGACAAAACUGAUGACUAUCAAAGAUGCCAAAGAAAAAUGUCCACACCUUAUCCUUGUGAGUGGAGAAGACUUGUCGCACUACAGAGCCAUGUCCUACAGAAUUACAGAGCUGCUCCAGAGAUAUUCCACUGUGGUAGAACGGCUGGGAUUUGAUGAAAAUUUUCUGGAUAUUUCUGACCUUGUGAAAACGCGUCUUCGCAGUGGACAAACUUCUUCCACUGUUGAGGGAAAUGUUUACACACCGGAUGGGUCAGAAAAAUCAGGAAGCCAACCUAGGAAACAGAGUGCAUGUGGAUGUGGGUGUCACUUAAGACUUGCCAUUGGAUCUCAGCUGGCCGCAGAGAUCCGGAAAACCUUGUCUGAGGAAUUGUCUAUAACUUGCUGUGCAGGGAUCGCUCAUAACAAACUAAUGGCCAAGCUGGUGGGCUCCACACAUAAACCUAACAAGCAGACAACCCUGUUUCCUGAAGAUGUGCAGACUUUUAUGCUCAACCUGCAAAACAUCUGCAAGAUUCCAGGUAUAGGACACUCUGCAGUGAAGAAGCUGGCAGGAAUGGGUGUGGUCUCUGUCACUGAUCUACAGAACUGCUCCAUGGACAAUCUCCUGUCAGAAUUUGAUGAGACCCAGAGCUGGAAAAUGAAACAGUUGAGCUAUGGGAUUGAUGAGUCAGCAGUCAAGCUGACCGGUCAGCCUCAGUCGAUAAGUGAUGAAGAUUCCUUCAAGAAAUGCUCAACACUGCGAGAAGCCAAGGAGAAGAUAUUGGAACUACUAAACAGCUUACUCAUCAGGGUGCAUGAAGAUGGCCGCAUUCCCCAGACCAUUCGCCUGACCAUCCGUAAAUUUACCACAACCAACAAGUAUGGAAACAGAGAAAGUCGACAGUGUGCCAUUCCCAGCUAUGUCUUCUCCAACUUUUCUCCAGAUUCGUAUUCCAAGGUGAAAAGUAAGCUGUGUGACUUACUGAUUCCUCUGUUCCAUAAGAUGGUAGAUGUCCGAAAUCCAUUUCAUCUGACAUUGAUUAAUGUGUGUUUUGCAAAACUUAGUGAGAAUGCUAAAAACAAAAUUAGCUCAUUCUUUGGACAAACCAGCUGUAACAGUAGCACAACACCCAGGUCUUCAGUGAAAUCAGAGACAGACUACAGUCGACAAGGAAGUGCGAACUUAAAACAAGAAACAAAAUAUUUGGAGAACGAAGAUGUGGUUCAUGGUCAGGUAACAGCAGCACAACCUGGAAAGGUUGAUAAAUGUGCAGAAAGCAGGGAAAAUAAUACACCAGUCUUGAAAAAUCGCAAAAGACUUUUCAGUCUGGACUCAAACGCUCCAGAAAAGAAGAUAAAGUUGAAUGACCAGGGAACAAACUCAGUUGUUGCCAGCAGAUUUGAUCCAGAGUUAGAUCAACCAGACUGUGUUCCCAAAGCUGAUAACCAACAUGUUGAGGGCAAAAUCCCAGCAGGAAUGGAUGAGGAAUUUUUCAGAGCACUGCCAGCUGAUAUACAGACAGAGUUUUUGAGGGACAAUUUAGGACGUUCUGACACAAAGUCAACCCCGAGAAGCCAGAAGACAGCAAAUUCUGAUGUCAAAUCCUCAAAUUCUUUCAAAGGCCAACAGAAAUUGGAAAGCUUUUGCCAUAGAAAGAACUCGACCUAUGCAUCUGGGUCAGUGACAGACCCACCUGAUUUAAGGCUGCCCCUGUUAGGCUCACUGGAUUGUGACUCUAAAGGAUCAGUGCCCAUUUUACCACAUUCAGGUCCUACUGGACGUAAUGCACCAAGUUGUAUCUCAGAAAUAACAGUGUUGGACUCCGAACAAGACAGUGCCACCAAUGUUGAAAGAGACUCCAGUGUUGACAGAGACUCCAGUGUUGACAGAGACUCCAGUGAAUUGUGUGUUAUUCCUCAAAAUGUUGACAAAGAAAUGUUUAUGGCAUUACCAAGUGACAUGCGAGAAGAGCUGAUCGCAGACUGGAGGCGAACUACUGUCAGUCAGCACCAAGAUAGGACCAUUCUAACUUCACCAGUGAACAGUUCACAAAAGGGGAUGAAACAUUCUCAGAAAAAGAAAUCCAGCCCUGGUAUUUUGAAAUAUUAUCAGAAAAGGACAUAGAAUGAAACGUUUUAUAAAGAUUUAUUUUAAGGAAAGCAGAGCUGUCACUCAUAAGCUAAUACAUAAGCUUUUUAUUCAAAACCGAGUGUUGAUUAAUACUGCAAAAAGAAAAAAACAACAACAGUUGAGCAAGAUGGAUCCUAAUACUUUAAAGUGGAUUAUUCCUUAUUUCAGCUGAUCAGUGAUGAUUAUGUUUGCCCUUCAAAGAAGGCAGGGUGUUGAGUUUAAAUACACAACAUCUCAAAGAGCAGUACAUUCUGUCUUCAACAUGUAUCAUGUGAUUUUCCUGGAAUAUAUUUCCCAGGGGUUAUUACCAUGUAAUGCUGUUUAGUUUGACCUUUUCUUGUGUGCAGUGCAUCAUGUAUUGUCAUGUAGACAUACCAGUGUUAUCAGCAUCCAGUGUAAAUCAUGUAUCAUCCCAAUAGCCUGUUACCUUUUGUUUCCAUGACGAUAAAUGUAAUAUAAAGAUUCCACAAAGCCAUUUCUGAAUUAAGUCAAAACUGGAAAUAUGAUCCUAAAGCUUAUUUUUCAGCUUUAGAAGAUCAGUGAAAAAACCUCUAAAAACCGAAGUAGGUAUCACUAAAUAGACCAUUUAAAACUAUGUAUAAGUAUACUUUCUCAUAUUUUCGUAGAUUUUUGAGAGGAGUGUUAAAGGCGUUCAAACAGUCGUUGAAUUCUAAGGUGGAUUUUAUGGACCAUACUAUCAGAUUUUAAGAACUCUGACAUCACAGGAAGUUUUUUCAACUCUUAUCAUGACACUGAAUGUUGGAAUAACCCUUUUUACCCAUGAGUAAAAGAUUACUCAUAAAAGAUUCCCAGAAAUUCCUUUCUUCUGGUGAACAUCAGGAACAAAAGGUGAUUUGAUGUCAGAGUUCUUGGAUACCGUCAGUAUGGCUCAUAAAGCCCACCAUAGUAUUCAAAUAUUUGAAUUCCUUUCAACACUCUUUAAAAAAUCUGAAGAAAAAAAUUAAAACGUAAUUUAACGCAGUUUUCAGUUUGUAUGAUGAACUUUACUCCACAUUUUAGCUUUCUCAAAUUUUCACCACAUCAAUAUUAUGUUAAGACAAAUGUGUCUAAAUGUGUGCUCUUUGGACACUCUCUGUUACAUCUGUGGCUAACCCCUUACUUGUUCCAUGGUUUAUGCUUUUGGAUAGAGGUUAUCAUGUGUGUAUCUGUUCCUGCUUGUAUAACUGAUGUUAUUGUACAUAAUUGUGCAUUAUGCUUAUGUAUAUGCUUAUGGUUGACCAAUAAAUCAUCACAA